AUGGCCGAAGAAGCUGCGCAGAAAGAGAUGACUAAUAAGACGGAGGAGAUUGAGGCUGUUCCCAGACAGAGGGAGGCGGCGGUGGCACCGAUGGAGGACAGCGAGGACAUUGAGGACGACCCCCAUCGGGCUGCUCUCGAAGACAACCCUGAGGUUCCUCAACGCGUCACCUGGUCCACGAUCAUGGCAGUCUUUUUCAUGGGCUUGUCCUUCUCAGGAUGCAUUUCGACUGCUUUCCUUCUGGCGUCGUCCAUUUUAGUCCCGAUCGGAAGUGCAUUGGGAAAUUUGGAACCGAUCAGCUGGAUAGCUUCAUCCUGGGCAGUCACAUCGGCUGUCAGUAUGUCUCUUGGAGGCGGUCUGAGCGAUAUAUUCGGCCGUCGAUAUGUCAUCAUGGCUGGACAAGGUCUCAACAUUGUUGGUGGAAUUGUCUCUGCCACCGCUCAAACUACUCAACAUGUGAUUGCUGGGUCCGCCAUCAUUGGCUUUGGUGCCGGUCUCAUUUUUGUUGCUUACGCAGGUAUCCCUGAAAUUCUGCCUAACAAAUAUCGUGGUAUGGGUUUGGCAUGGACUGAAUUCUGCAUUACUAUCCCAUGGGGUCUUCUCGCCACUCUCAUCGCCAAUCAGCUCAACGAGCAUGCGACGUGGAGAUGGGUAUACUAUUUAUCCAUCAUCUAUGCGGCCGUCUGCCUGGUUGGAACGGCCAUCUUCUACUUCCCCCCUGCUCGACCACGCCGAGACUACGACAAGACACGUUGGGAGGAGUUCCUGGAGCUGGAUUUUGUGGGCUACAUCCUCUACGCUGGGGGCUUGACUGUUUUUCUCAUUGGAAUGAGUUGGGCUGGUGAAGAGGGUCACCCAUGGCAUUCAGCCUCUGUGGUUGUGCCCAUCAUCCUUGGAGCCUUGGUCUUCAUUGGCACCUUCGUCUACGACUGGACUAUGAAGCCCAAGCUUCCAUUGAUGCCGCUCCACAUAUUCCGCAUGGUCCGGGAAUUUACCAUUCUGCUGGUUGCGCUUUUCGUGUCCGGAAUGGUCUUCUUUGCGAUGGUUUCUCUGCUACCUCAAGCUACUGAGUCUGUCUACGACAGCGAUCCGAUCAAGCUCGGCGUUGCCCUGAUUCCGAAUGGUGUCGGUCAAUUCAUCGGAGGAGCGGUCCUCCCCGCCUUAAUCCACAAAAUCAAGAACAUUCGGGCUCAAAUUGUAUUUGCCCUUUUCCUCCAGACUUUGUUCUCGGCCUUAUACGCUUACGGAAUUAUCCCGCACCACAAGACCGCAUGGGUCAUCUUCCAGCUUUUCGGCAUGAUGUGCUUCUCCUGGAUCACCCUCUGUUCAUACGUCGUCGCUGGGCUCCACGUGCCACACAAGGAUCUGGGAAUUGCAUCAGGAUUGGUGGGAACUUUUCGCAAUACUGGAGGCAGUGUUGGUAUUGCCAUCUUCAACACCAUUCGCAAUGGCGUCCUCAGCAGCCAGCUCGUGCCUCGCAUCUUGAAGGCAGCAACAGCCAACGGUUUUCAUGGUGAUGCAGACGCCAUCGAAGGUCUAGUGACAGCUGUCUCGAAUAACGCAAAAGGGAUUCCGGAUGCGUUUGCCAAAGUCCAAGGUGCCACCCCCGCUCUCAUCUCUGCAACGGCAGAAGCCUACAAGUCAGCAUACGGCUACGCUUAUCAGCGGGUCUUCUUCAGCACGAUUCCAUUUGGUGUGAUUGCGAUUAUCACGGCACUCUUCAUCAAAGAUGCCUCGGAAUACUUGACAAAUCACACUGCUGUACACAUGGAGAAGAAUAUUCUCGGAGAAAGCCAGCCCAAUGACAAGGCCGUGGAUUUGGAGCAGCCGCAGAAGACGGCAACGUAA